GAGUCGAGUCGUGCGUUAAGCUCAUCGGUAGUGCACGUUUCUAUUCAAUGCGUCGCGAAAACAUUCCCGCGUAAGUGUUAUAGAACUUGAAACAAAACAGUGUGAAUCAAAGUUGUCGAGAGAAAAUUGUGCUUUAUUGUUUAUGUAAUGUACUCUUGUGACAUAAGUUUGAUUAUAAUUGAUUUCAAAUAAAAACAAAACUGAAGGAUGUCAAAUUUUCAACGAACAAGAAGCAAAGUUUGGUGGGGUGACGCAUCGCCAAAUAUUGGCAGUCCAGUGGCUCAACCCGACUGGAACCAAAACAAUCGGAGAGAUGACCAAGAAUGGGAGCCUCAGCUUCCUCAUUGGAUAGCUAAUCAGCCCGAACAAAGGAACAAUAGCCACGACAAUUUGGCGCGCGCGAAUAAUGUGCCAAAUCAAUGGCCUCUUCGACACGGCAGUCCCGGCAGUCAUAAGAGCCAAGAUUCAGGGUUCUCGGACUCUGACAGCUCUCCACCGACAUCUCAGUAUUAUUCUUCGCCUGAAAGUAGUGAUAAAAAUAAAUCAUCAAAUAGCAGCGACUCGAAUAAUAAUGAAAAUGUAACUGUUAAGCAAGCCAACGAUUUUUUAAAUUCUUUAAAUAAUAAAGACGUCGUUGACAGUUCGAACGUGUCUGAUAAUGCUAGUGGUGCUACUCCUACACCUAAGCCUAGAUUGAGAAGUAGUAGUGUAAUUCAGACUCCCUACGAUUUGCAAAAAUAUUGCGAAAUUCAUAAAGAUGAAGAACAUAUGGAAUUAUUAAAAGAUAAAGAUGAUAAUAACAUAGAAACUAAAUAUCCAGCUCCAAGAAAUGUUAAUGACGAUAAACAAAAUAUCGAUAAAGUUACAAAAACUUAUGACAACAAUUUUAAUUCAAAUUCUACAAAAAAUGUUAAAAGUAUAAUGUCAAAUAAUAACGUUCAAAACAUUACCAUAAAGAAUAACGAGAAUACUCCAAAUACGAGUGCAAUAAAAGUCGAUACCAAAGAUAUAUCUGUAAAGAAUUUAAAUAUUUUAAGCCCUUCUAAAAAGUAUCCAGUUAAGAAAAUCGUAUCGGGUCCUGAUACUGACAGCCCUAAAACAAUCAAAUUAGCAAAAGUAAAAGACUUAGAGACGAACAAAAAUAAAUCCGAUGACAGUAUCGAAUAUAUAAAACUAUGUCACGAUAAUGAAAUCGCAGUCAACAAUCAGCCAAGAGUUCGUACACCGAUAACUAACGUAUCGUAUGUUCCGACGGAAAGAAUAUCUUCAGCGAGAUCUGAAUUUAGACGUAGUACGUCAAAUGAGGAAAACAUUCCUAUUUCCAAUACUCCUAAAUUUCAAAGGAAUAGAUUAAAUCAGUCACUUAAUUUUGAAGGACAGAGAUUAGAUCAACAAAUAUUAGAUAUUCAAGAUGGUUAUCGUUCUUUGGGAUACAUAGAUGAAGAUGAAUUAGCUAAACCAAAAAUGGUAUAUCCAAAAGAACAAAUGCACAAACCAACUAAAGCUUUAUUGGGAAAAAAUAUUAUGGAUAGCCUUCACUUGAAGCCUACAAAAAAAGUCGGUCCUAAAGCGAAGCAUCGCACAAAAGGGGAAAAAAUCAAGGAGCCUUUCAAAUUAUUUUCCUCGAAAAAGGAGAAACCUGGCGUUGUUGACAACAAAGCAGGUGGAAUUUUAAACGGAAGUCGAGUGCCAUCACUAGGUUUACCUCGUACAUGCGAGCAGAGUUCCUGGGUCAUUGUUGGGUAUCCAGAACAACAUGAAAUGUUAAUACCAAAUUAUAAUGAAAGACUCGUGUCAACAGAAAAUGAUGCAAAUUUAAAAGAAAAAGAUAAAAUUUCGGAUAAUAAUGGUAACGGCAAAAAUGGUAGUCUAACGCCACCCCCACAGUUUCAAGAUAAACAAAAGAUUCCAUACGAUACAGACUCGAAAUCGAACAAAGAUUUAUCGCACGAUUCUAAAAGAGAAAAGUUAAAAUUUGAAGACAUGAAUUUCAUGGACGUUCAGUUAGACUUAGCAUGUACAUCGACACCAAAAAUGCUCGCUCCUCAUGAGUUUAUGAACGGUGUAAAGAGUAGCAAUAAGAAAACUCCUCGGAGAGUCAAUCUCUUAGAAAAUUUCAACAGCGGGUUAAUUUUAAACAACCGCAACGAGAUAUUAUACAGAGAAAGAAGCAUAGAUCAGACAACAUUAGAACGGUUGUGUGAAAGAAAACCGGAACCAGUUCAGUAUUGGCUGUGCGAUUUGGUCGGUUCAUGUGAGAACGAAUGUAUGACGACGCUUCAAAGUAAACCUCUCGGUGCUGAGAUGAAAGCACUAGUAUCAGCUAGUUCAGCCACAAUUACCGGUAAUAUAAAAAAGGUGCAGACACACGGGCAGAUCAUAGUACACCAAUAUAGUGACGUGAUAAGACAAAUUGAAUCACAACAGACUACGGAAGAGCAAAUAUGUCUCCUCGUAGCGAAUAUCAAUGAAUUCGUACUAGCUCACAGCAUCACUUUGAAUACGAAACCUCCGGGAGAAACACCAGAAAGAUGGGACAAAAUCAAAAUCUCCCUACAAAUAUAUCUCCAAAAACUAAUAGAUAUCGGAGAAGACGUGAAAAUUGAACUAAAUGAAAGUAAACCCGAAUGGAGUUUAGUUCAGAAACAUUUGGAUACGUUAAUCGAAAUAUUUCUAGAAACAACCAAAGCUGUUUUAGUGCAGCAAAUGAAGACUCUAGUGUCAAUAAUUGAAGAACCACCAUCAGACAUGAUUCUAAAGAGCACACUAACUUCUAUCGGUCAUUUAGCGAUGCUCACUGGAAAUACAGAAAAUUCGUUACACGAAAAGUGUGCUAAGAUCAUGAAGAAUGUCACUGAGUUACCGUUCGUGGACUGCGGAGUGCCCAGGGCGCUGUUAACGGCCAUAAUUGAGACCAAGAAGAGCUCAAUAAAGGCGCUGUCUUUGAGAGCGCUCGCAACGGUCUGCGUCAACGGGGAUGCGGUCAAGCAGUUUGAAGAGGGUGGUGGUAUAGAAAUACUAUCAGACAUUCUCUCGGAUAAAUCGAACCCAGAGCCCCAGAUGCGAGAAGCCAUCACUGUCCUGACACAGAUCACUGCGCCCUGGCUGAGAGGUCACUAUGACCUUACACAAUUACAUGUGUUUUUGAAAAGCAUCGUUGCAAAUAUUACUGAUAUUCUUUCUCGUACCGAUUGCUGUCAACUAUUGCUACUUUGCACUGCGUGCCUCGUGAACCUCGUCAGAGAGUUGGAGUUGGAAAAAAAGCAGGACACAAACACUGGCGCCGAUAUCAUAGAGGUGCUAAUGAAGAACAAAACUCUCGAUAGACUAUUGGAUGCGGUGAAACGCCGUGGACCGAAUCUUUCCGUGUUCCUACAGGAGCAAACGGCGGCGCUGCUGUCGUCGCUGUCCCGCGUGCCGCGCUGCGUGCUGUGGCUGUCGGGCGCGCGCUGCGCCGGCGCCGCGCUCUGCUGCUUCGUGCGCGUGGCGCCCGCGCUGGCGCCGCGCGCCGCCGAGUUGCGCGCGCAGCUGCGUCUGCACGCGCACGCCGCUGAGGCUAUGUCACGACUGGCGAUAGUACCAGAUGUAGCAAGUCAGAUCGUUCAACUCGAGGGCGUUCCUCAUCUUACCCGCUUGGUUAGGUUGCAGCGAACACGCCCUCACACGGAUGUCAACCCAGACCAGACCCUCAUUCAUUGUCUUAAGGCCCUCCGGACUAUUUACAAGCACCAUCCGGAGGCCUUCACAGACCAGAAAGAUGUUGAUGAAAUGAUCAAACCUCACUUAAUGGAAUCUUUAAUGCUGUUCUCUGCUAAACAAGAGAGCUAUGUGUGAUAAACAUAGUUAAUAUUUUGUCUUUGUGUCAAAGUUAUUGAUUAUGAUUUUACAAUAUAUUUAUUUUACAUCAAAUAAAUUAUUAUACCUCUAUUAUUAGUAGUGGACUUAGAAACAUUAAGGCGCCGAAUUAAUCAAUUGCGGAAUUUUAACGCUCUGACUUCUAUCUCCGAUUCAAAUGUAACCGAAGAAUUGAACCCUAUGAGAUUUUAAUGGACUUUAACAUUGCAUUUUUACUUAUUUUUUUAUUACAUUUUGUUAUAAGUUUUGUAACAACAGAGACAUAUGUAGAUUUGGUUCGCCGUUUAUAGCUCAUAAAUAAAUGAGCCAUUAUUUAUAAAUCUGGCUGUAUGAGCUAUCAAAGAAGUAGUAAAUAAUCUAAGAGAUUUCAUGCUGAGAACAUUCCAAAGAUUAUAUAUUUAGUAACUAACAGAAAAUUAAAAAGUAAGAUUUUUACUGAUUAAACUAUUAAAUAUAUUCGCUGGUAUGUUUAAAACUGCUUAAUAAAAACUCAUUUUUAAGUUUUUUUUGCCCAAUUUUUACAAUCAAGUUAAAAAAAAAAGAAGUUGACAAUUGAAUAAAAUUUCAUGCUAUACUUUUUACUAAUAUAGUAUAAUCUAUAGUUGCAAGUCCUCUUGUACUUUUUAUAUUUAUAAUAAUUGUAAAUAAAAUGUUUAUAGCUUUUUGUUUAAUAAUUUAUGUUAUAGUCCCUGAGAGGCCAUAUUUAGGCUAGUCUUUAACCUACAUGUUAUUCCAUGCACGUCUAUAGUAAGUCUAUACUAAAGCCGACCGGUGAGAUAAUGCGUUUUUGACGUCUGUCAGUUCAUGAGUUGCACUACAAAAAAAACAAUUGACAUAACAUUGUAAGAACGUAGAAUGGAUAUUAAAAAUUAAACUUAGCGCAAAUUGUAACAUUUACUGUAAGUUUAUAUAAUUAUAUAGUUCAUAGUUACAUCGCCCAUUCGAUCACGGACCUGACGUUCGCUGGAAAGGCGUUAUCUAAGCGCCCGGACAACAACUUAAUAUUGUUAUUACCUAGACGACAACAUUAAUUAUUCUAUUGUUCUUUAUGUAUGAAAACAUCACAGCUCUCGACUAACUCAAUGUAAUAGAACUUAUAAUUUUAUUCAAACUUUUAUAACUUGUAAAAAUAUAUUAAACAAGAACUUGAUUAGUUCUGCGUAUUGUUGUUUAUAAAAUAAAAUAUAAUG